CCCUCUGUUGAAGGAUUUACUUCCGGGCACACGGUCCACCCGCUAGCUCGUCGAAAAUCAAAAUGUAUGAAGUGGAUAUUUUUCCGCGCUUCGAGAUAAUGCAAUAAUUUAUGACGACUUCUGCUGUUUUAACUAUAGAUAUAUUUUUUGUUGUUGUUGUUUGGUCGUGUGCAUUUACUACUAUCCGGGUUGUUUCGUUAAGCCAACUUAGCUAGCUGGAAAAACAAGAGUCGGGAUCUUCGUGAAAGACACUUUCUUUACCGCUGGUUAAAAGAUGUCUGCGGAAGAGGCGGCGGACAAAACAACCCCGGCGGACGCGAGUGCGGGAGACGGCGGAGACGAGGAAGAAGAGUGGCUCUACGGAGAUGAUGAUGAGAGAGCCGAUGAAGAAGAGGCCAAACUAUCCGCUGCUGUCAGUGCACCUAUUCCUGCUACCGAGUCAGAAGAGGCAGCUACUACAGGCAACGGAGUGGAAGCUCAGGAGAAGGAGCCAGGAGAUGAUGACGACAGUGAUAGCGACAGCGACGAUGAUGACGAUGAUGUUCGUGUCACCAUCGGAGACAUCAAGACCGGAGCCCCACAGUACACGACGUAUGGAGUGGCUCCUGUUAACCUGAACAUAAAGACAGCGGGAGCCAGACCCUAUGGAACAGGGAACAAGUUAAAGGGUGUGGAUCUGGAGGCCCCGGGAAACAUCAAUGGAGUUCCAGUAGUGGAGGUGGACAUGGAGACAUUCGAGGAGAAACCCUGGAGGAAACCAGGUGCUGACCUGUCUGACUACUUUAACUAUGGGUUCAACGAGGACACGUGGAAGGGCUACUGUGACAAACAGAAGAGGCUGAGGAUGGGCCUGGAGGUCGUCAACAUCUCCUCCACCACCAGCAAAAUCACUGUUCAGCAGGGCAGGACGGGGAAUGAGAAGGAAGUGAGUUUACCCAUCCACACGUCCAAACCUGACUUCCCCACUCCAGCCAGCCUCUACAAGACAUCCAUGAACACGACCAGGAUCUCCCCCCCACAGUGGACUGCUCCCCCCGUCCAGGACAUGUCCUACUAUACGAAGACCAGUGGUACGAUCGACGUGAUUGGAGGAGGGACCGCUACCAUCAGCAGAGUGGAGGGACGACGAAGACACAACCUGGAGGGAAACAACAUCCAGGUGAUUUCGGAACACUCGUCGUCGGACGCUGAGCAAAACCCCAACAAGAUGCCCCCCUUCUUCCCCCCCGGCCCCCUCCCCCCAAACAUCCCUCCUCCCCCAUUCCUUCCCCCUCCUCCCAACGUCAGCCAGGCUCCCCCUCUCAUCCCACCACCAAGAAUACCUAUGAAUGUCCCUCCUCCUGGUUUCCCUCCUCCCAGGCCCCCUCCCUCUCUCAUCCCCACCUUGGACAGCAGUGGGCAUCCAGGUGGAUAUGAUGUUCGUCCCGUUCCACCAUACCCCUUCCCCACAGGUGGUUUCCCUCCUCCUAUGACAGGUGUGGUGACUCCAUGGCCCAUGAUGGACCAGUCUAAACAGUGGGACUACUACCCUCCAGGACCCAGACGGGAGGACAAGAGGGAGAAGGAGAGAGAGAGACCCAGGGAGAGACCACAUGAGAGGGAGAGAGAGCGAGAGCACAGCCCCUCCACUAUGGCUUACAACAGGUUGGUCGAGGGCGACGAGGCCACAAUGGGGCGACGGCGGGUUAGUCGAGGGCGACGGCGGGUUGGUCGAGGGCGACGGCGGGUUGGUCGGGCGACGGCGGGUUGGUCGAGGGCGACGCGCGGGCGACGGCGGGUGGUCGGUCGACGCGCGGGCGACGGCGGGUUGGUGGUCGCGCGGGCGACGGCGGGUUGGUUGGUCGACGACGCGGGCGACGGCGGGUUGGUCGAGGGCGACGGCGGGUUGGUCGAGGGCGACGGCGGGUUGGUCGACGCGGGCGACGGCGGGUUGGUCGAGGGCGACGGGGCGGGUUGGUCGAGGGCGACGCGCGGGCGACGGCGGGUUGGGCGCGGGCGACGGCGGGUUGGUCGAGGGCGCGCGGGCGCGGGCUGGCGGGCGACAGCGGGUUGGUCGAGGGACGCGCGCGGGCGACGGCGGGUUGGCGACAGCGGUGACGAGGAGCGGUACCGUGGUUACCGGGAGUACCAAGCGGAGCGUGGCUACAGCGGCGGUGACCGCGGAGGAGGUGACCGUGGAGGGGGGGAGCGUGGCGGAGUAGACCGCGGAGGUGACCGUGGAGGGGGGGAGCGUGGCGGUGACCGUGGGAGUGGUGGUGAGCGUGGUGGUGGAGGCGGCGAGCGCCACAGAGACAGGUCGAGCCGUGAGAAGGAGGAGAGACACAGAGAGAGAAGACACAGAGAGAAGGAGGAGGGGAGACACAAGUCAUCACGCAGUAGCAGCAGGAGGAGACAUGAUAGUGAAGAAGGAGACGGUCACAGGAGACACAAACACAAGAAGAGCAAGAGGAGCAAUGAGGGCAAGGAACCCAGUGAUGACAUGGGAGGAGACCAGGAGAACCAGGACCACCAUGGAGAGAACCAGGACACCAUGGAGUGA